AUGAAACGUUCAAAAGCGGAAGCACUUACCGAAUCGAAUAAACGGCGUCGUACAUCGUCAUUUUCCGAUGAUCCUUUAUCAUUCGAAGAUGAAUUUCGUUCAACAUUGUCAUCUAAUUCAAUGCAAACAUUCGAAUUGUUUACAAAAUGGUUAAAAAACAGUCUCGAACAACCGAAUACUGAGAUAUUAACAAAUUUAAUUAAAAAAACAAUUGAACUUAUCGUUACAGAAUCCUUAUCAUCUACAACAGCGCAAGACAAUAAUAAUAAUAAUGUUGUUUACACAAAAAUUAUUGGUUUAACUAUGUUAUAUCUUGAUAAUAUGACGAGUCAGUCAUUGUUAGAUAUUGGAAAAGUAAUUAUUGAUCAAAUGAUUAGUUCCACUUUAAAUAGUGAUAUUAUGAUUGAACUUCUUCGUGGUAUUUAUAUUGAUUUGAAUAAACGUGAUAUGAUUCCUGUAGCAUCAAAAGGAUCAACUUUACCAGCGUCAACAUAUGCUAACGAUCUUGUGAAUCAGAUUAUAGAACAAUCUGGUGCAUCAAAUAUUUGGCAAAGAGAAAAUUAUACCAGUUUAUUAUCAAUAUUAAAAGUUGAUCCAGAAAAAAAAGCAUUUGUUGAUUUAUUAUUUACUAUUGAUUAUGAUCUUACACAAGAUUUACCAAAUUUUAUCUAUGAAGUAUUAAAACUUUGUACCGAAAGUCGAUUAAAUGAAUAUAUUUUGAAUAAAAUAUUAAAAUAUUUUAUUGAAAAAGAUGAACAUUUGUCAAAUAAUCAACAUUAUAUUUCAAGUACACGUUUAUGUAUUUAUCAUUUGGUUAAUGCUAUUGAACUUAUGCCGGAUGUUGCAAAAGAUUUAUUGAAAGUUUUAAAAGGGAUGCAACGUGAAUCAUUGACAAAUUUAUUUUCACCAUUUUGUAUUGCCAUUUUUUUUGCAUUGCCAAAUGAUCGACCGUCCAAAGAGCUUUUUAUGCGUCAACUUAAAUCCAUGUGUGAAUUGUUAUGUCAAACAUUUGAAAAGAAUGAAGAAGCAUUCUGGUUAUUUAGUUUUACACAAAUUGAUUAUGAUAAAUUUUAUACACAAAAAUUGUUGACAUUAGCUAAAAAUGGACUAUUUAGUGGUGAUAGUAUUUUAUCUGGUCUAGUUGACUUUUGUUUUCAACUGUUAGAUAAUUAUGGUACAUCACAAACAGUUGAUUCAUCUGAAUCACCAUUUUCUGUUCCUGAAUUAAUGAAAACACUUGGAACACGUUGGUUGUCAGAAGUUGUCACGCUUUAUCCUAAUAUUCAAGUAGAUGUUAUCAAACGUUUAUUUGAUCGUAUUUUAACAAAAACGAAUGAUCGAACGGUGAAACAUUAUGUUGAUCAGUUAUAUGAUUUAGUUAAGAUAAAUGCUCAUCGUUUUGUUGAAAUACCCGAUCAAUUGAAGCAGCGUUUGAAUCAAAUAUUAGAAUUACGAUAUGAAUUAGCCCGCGAUGUUUUAAAAGCAUUUAAACCAAUUAUCAAAUUAAGUCGUAAUACACCAUUCAAAGAAGACUUUUUUCAACUUUUAAAACGAGCUAUUUAUUUGCCACAUCUCGAUUGUCGUCGUAUGGCAGUUGAUGGUUAUUUAAUGCUUUUGAAACAUGCUUUAUGGUUUUCAAGACCACCGAGUACACAAGCUAGUCAACUAGUCAAUUUUGCAUUAUCAGAUCAUAGUAGUCAAUUGUCAAAUAUAACAAGCUCACAACGUAAAUCUGAAGGACGUUGUAUUGAAUUAUUAAUGCAAUUACGCCGAAGUUUAACACAACAAUGUGAAGUUCGAACAGCCGUUUAUGGAGGUUUAUUUCCAGUAUUAAGAAAAAAUCCAAUAUUAUUAGCACCUAUUCUAGAUGUAUUAUUAAUGCAACUUAAUUUAUACUGGUCUGAUGAAUCGAGAAAUAUCCAAACAACAUUCGAUAUUAAAUUAGCAUUAAAUAUACAAUCACAACAGAAAGGAAAAGAAGAAAUUGAAAAAGAAAAUAUUAUAGAUCCUUUAGGUCAUUUAUUACAUUGUUUACAUUUGUGUUUAAAACAAGGUGAAGAUUUAUUGAAAAGUAAUGCAACAAUGUAUGAUGAUGAUCCGGAUGUUGAAAUGUAUAUGAAAAAAGCGACCGAUUUAUUCAAUAAACUUGUUAGAUUAUUUUUAAAUGAUAAUAUUCUAACUAUACUUGGUAUAAAUGAUGCAACGGAUGAAACUGUUAGUGCAGCUAAAUACAUAUUAUGCAAUGAUAUAUGUGAUGCAUUAAUUGAAUACAAAUUUAUGAGAAGUAUAGAUAGAAAUUCAGCUGAUGAAUGUUUUCAAUUAAUCAAACUGUCAACACAAAUCAAUGAAUUAUUUUCAAAACGAAAAUUUCGGCAUUCAUCAACAAAAUUAAUAUCAUUUACAUGUUUAAAACGUUUAUUAUUAACUGUCUUAACAACAAAAGUUCAAUUUGAUGAUAAUAGUAAUAAUGAUGAUAGUAUAAAUUUAGAUGAUUCGACGACAAGUAUUGGUAUUGAUCGUAAUCAACGACAACAAAAUAAAACUGAACCAAAUCAUAUGGAUCAUAUAAGAUCAGAGUCUGAGUUUCGAAUGUUCGUAUUACGUUCAUUAAUACAAAAAUUACGUUCAAUAACAGCAAACGGAUCUAGAUAUUAUUUUGAUGCUGAAAAUGUACGAGAUGAACGUUUACUGAGUACAUUAACAAUGUUACACACUCUCUUAUAUCAAGCAGUUAUGAAAGAUGAAAAUGCUAAAUUGCGAGAUUUAUUAUUACAAGCAAUGGUUGAAAUAUGGCGAAUAACAAUUAGAGAUCAUCGGUCUGGACCAACAGGCAUUAUUAAUAAUGCAUUACAUGGUCGAAAUAGUGAACUGGAUUCCAUUGAUUCUGAUACAAGUUACAGUCAAACUCAUGCUACAACGGCUCAAUUCGCUGAAAAUUUCAAAAAACUUUUUGCUCAUAUAGCAGAGGAGGAUGCAUUGUUAUCAACAUCGACUGUUUCAGCAAUUGGACCAUCUGCUACACAGUGCGUUAAAUCAUUAAAUUCUGUUGUAGAAAUACUAGAAUUAGCAUUGAAAGAAGGACAUCAUAUUGCUCAAAAUGAGUAUCAAUCAUUUUCAGAAUGGAUACAACGAACAUGUAUGGAAGCAAAAUAUGAUGAUCUUCAUUUAUGUAAAUCUCUUAUUCGUUUAUUGUUCAAAUUAACGUCGAAAGUGGCUAAUCAUGCUCCAUUAUUGAGAAAAGUAGCAAUGGAUAUUCAUGGAAAAGCUGAAGAUAUCUCAGAGGAUGCUGUUGUUUCAGAUGCAAGAUAUUUCGGGAUUAUUGGCGAAAAAUCACAUGCAUCUGUAUGUAGUAUUUUAUUAGUUGAAACUGAACGUUUAAUAAAUAGUUUAGAAUGGAUAAUUCAUACACAAUCAAUGAAAGAAAAAAAAGAAAUAUUAUUUUGUCAACAAAUGUCAUAUUUAAUAACAACAUUUUCACAAUUAACACAAACAAAAAUUGUCAAUAAACCGUAUAUUACAACGAUAUUCAAAUUAUUGAUAAAAUUAUACAAUAUAUUAUGUAAUUUAACAAAACAGGAUCUCGAAUUAGCUGAUGAAACAGAAACAAAAGCAACAAAAAAGAAAAAAAGUUCUAAAAUAGCUAAAACGAAAGAUAAAAAAGCCACUACGAAUAAAAAGAAUCUAUUGAAAGAUACUGUUCUACCAAAACUUAUCUUUUCAAUUGAACAAUAUGAACGUCUAUUAAUUGAACUUGGAAAAAUGACAGAUACUGAUUUAAUGUUAACAUUCAAAUUGAGUGCUGUACGGGAUUUUCGUAUUAAUCUCGACCAACUUCGUGAUGAUAGAAAUAGUUCACAACCAACGUUAAUGGACGCAUCAAAUCGGCAAUAA